AUGUCGCUCAACAUCUGCUCGAGACGGGCCGCAGCCCGGCUACUGCCUGUGGUAGGGAACUCCACCAGACCGCAUCAUCUAGUUAUCUUCCCUAGAUGCUGGGCGAGCCAUCCAAUUGUGCCAAUUCUUUGCAGAAGCACUUCUUCUGCUCACCCUGAUGGGCAUCAGAAGAUCUUAUCUGAGCACCUCCAGGAGGCAGAUCCCAGUAUUUACAAGAUCCUCCAGCAGGAGAAAAACCGCCAGAAACACUUCAUCAACCUGAUCCCAUCUGAGAACUUCACAUCGCAAGCCGUUCUCGAUGCCUUGGGCAGCGUUAUGCAAAAUAAAUAUUCGGAGGGAUACCCCGGAGCAAGAUAUUAUGGAGGUAACCAGUUUAUCGACCAGGCUGAGAUAUUGUGCCAGCAACGUGCACUAAAAGCAUUCGGUCUCAAAGAGGACGAGUGGGGUGUCAACGUACAACCUCUUUCUGGCUCUCCUGCAAACCUCUACGCAUACUCCGCACUCCUCAAUACUCACGAUCGUAUCAUGGGUUUGGAUCUCCCACACGGUGGGCACCUUUCCCAUGGAUAUCAGACCCCGACGAAGAAGAUAUCUGCGGUAUCAAAAUAUUUCGAGACCCUACCAUACCGGCUAGACGAAUCAACCGGUCUCAUUGACUAUGACAAACUCGCAGAGCUGGCCCUUCUAUAUAGACCGAAGCUUCUCAUUGCGGGCACUUCAGCAUAUAGCAGACUCAUUGACUAUUCACGCAUGCGACAGAUUGCUGAUAGCGUGGGAGCAUAUCUUCUCACUGACAUGGCUCAUAUAUCUGGCCUAGUCGCUGCAGGCGUAAUCCCAUCCCCCUUCACAUACUCUGAUGUUGUCACAACAACGACACACAAAACCCUCCGGGGACCCCGUGGUGCCAUGAUAUUCUUCCGUAAGGGCGUCCGCCGUACUGACUCCAAAGGCAACCCAGAAAUGUAUGACCUAGAAGGGCCCAUCAACGCCUCUGUUUUCCCAGGCCAUCAAGGUGGACCGCAUAACCACACCAUCACAGCCCUCUCUGUAGCUCUCCUACAAGCCACAACACCUGAAUUCAAAACAUACCAACAAAACGUGCUAGAGAACGCCAAGGCUCUUGCUGACCGGCUCGGAAAACCGACCAACAGCGGCGGACUGGGCUACAACAUUGUCUCUGGUGGAACAGAUAACCAUCUCGUCCUCGUAGAUUUGAAGAACCGUGGCGUCGACGGAGCGCGUGUUGAGCGUGUGCUCGAACUGUGCGCCGUGGCAAGUAAUAAGAACACGGUGCCAGGUGACAAGUCCGCCAUGAAGCCUGGUGGAUUACGGAUUGGGACGCCUGCGAUGACUUCGCGCGGGUUUCUACCAGAGGACUUUGUUCGUGUUGCAGACAUAGUUGAUAGAGCUGUGACGAUUACGCAGAAGCUGGAUAAAGCUGCCAAGGCUAAUGCAGAGGCUAAAAAACGCAAGAAUCCUGGUAGCGUUAAGGCGUUUCUGGAGUAUCUUGGAGAGGGCGAAGGGAUUCCUGAGAUUUUGCAGUUGAGGCAGGAAGUUGAGGAGUGGGUGGGGACAUUCAGUUUGCCGUGGUCGGAUGAGGAGGCGUGA